AUGCUCAUCCCAAGAACUGGCGAGACGUUUUGCAUCACGAGCCUGCUGUUGGCUUCUCUAUGGCUAGCUAGGAUACAUGCAAAACCUCCACCACCAGAUACCCUCUGGCAAGUUUCACCGCCACUCAACUACACCGACACAAUCUAUGCGGGCUGGCAACAAAUUACCGUUGAUGCAGAAAUCCAAAUUUACAAUGGAGUCGCCGAGAACCGCACAUACGCACACCAUCCAGAGCUAUUUGCCAUCGAAUCCAAUGUCUUCCUCCUUUACUCCUCCGCUCCAGUCGAUGAGGAUAGCAUGGGCCAGGACAUAUGGAUAUCUACUUCAAGCGACAGUGGGUUGACAUGGAGCCGUGGGAGAAGCUUGAUGCCGGCUGCACUUCUCCCAAACCAAACGGAAACCUACAACUGGAAGCACUGGUGCGAUCGUGGCAUCGCCCAGCGAGCAUGGCAGGCUCUGUCCUUCGUGCAUCUUCCUGAUGGCGAACUUUACGCCAUCGGUCAAUCUGGGAGUAGGUGGUGCCCGGGUCGAUGGGCCACUGCAGGUCGAAUCGCACGCAAGAUUUCUCUUGACGGAGAACCGCUCACGGACCCAUGCUGGCUAGAAAAGAAUCAGUUCACAGACUCUGAGUUGUAUGCUGAGACUAUCUACGGCACUAAGUACGGGAUGAAGUACUGCGCCAGAGCCUGCGAAAUCAACGCCGUUCUAAGGAGACCCGACGAGGCACCUGCUUGGUCGCCAUGGCUUUACAACAACGGUCUAUUUGCAGCCGACGGGAUACAUCAGAUGGAAGAACAGACAUUUGCUGUCUGGCAUAACGAUAGUGAUUCGCCAACGGGAGGAUACUGGCAGCGACACUGGCGCGACAUUUCUACUGAGGCGAAAAACACUCACUCCGUUUGGAUUGAGUAUAACGAGGACGUACACGGAAAUGGCUGGUACCCCAAGGUGAAGGAGUCGCACGGGAACAACAUUUAUCAAACAAACAUACCGGAUGCAAAGACGAAGCAGUUUCUGGGGAAGCUCGACGAUACUGGCGACAGAUAUCUGUUGUCGAACCCAAGAUACAAUGCCACAGAUCCUCAGAGACAACCACUCACCUUGGCACUAUCUCGAGGAGUGGACCAGACAUAUACGUCAAUUGGUGUACUGAGAACGAAUGCAACGAAGGAGAUCGUCCCGGAUACGCGCGACGGGGUCAAGAAUCGAGCAUUUGGCUUCAGCUAUCCCACCGCGGUUCAGGUUAGGAACAAGUUGCUGAUUGCAUACAGCGAGAACAAGGAGAAUAUUUGGGUCAGCGUUGUUGACAUUACUGCCCUGCCGAGGUAA